UUACGUGAUCGAAUGGUAAAAUAUAAUACAACAAUAAUUCGUCGAGCAACUAGUAAGUCGUCAGAAUCAUGACGAAGUUAGUUCUAUUAUUGACAAUACUUUUAUUGGCAAAUGGGGUCCAACCUUUUCUAUUUUCUUUUUUCACUAAUAUCCAAAGUUUGAUCAGCAUGACCACUGAUCUAUCAGACCUGGUAACUGGCCGACAUGAUUUGACUGCGGGAAAGCUGUUUAAGAAAAAAGUUGAUCCAACACUCGAGAAAGUAACGGAAUUGUCAGAGAAAAUCGACGAACUGACGAAGAUCAUGAACGUUAGGAUGGACAAACUGAUGACCGCGGUGCUGACCAAUGUUCCUAGGGCGAUGAAGUUCGCGAAUCUCAUGAGAAAACUUAUUGAGUAUAUUACCAGGAUCGAUGAAUUGUACGAAGACUACCAGUACUAUGUUCAUCAGGAAGAUUCAAUCAAUCGAUACACUAUUGAGGACUUCAGUAAGGUCGUGACUUCUCACAGAUUUGGAGAUCUUGAAGAUAUUUUGAGGCAAAUGUAUCAUCUAUUUAUUCCUGGACAAUUGGAUCAGAGAGAUGAGAGUCUUCUUGAUGUCAUGGUAGCCACUUUCAAGGGUACACCAGAAGCUGAAAAGUGCGGUAUGAUAAAGUCACCUCAACAACAACUCUAUGAUCUGUACGAAACAGUUGUUCUUACGGAAAUAAAGGGCUUUACAAUGGCUGGUUACUCGUAUGGUUUGCUUUCGAUUUAUCAAAAUUCAACUUUCAAAAGUGAAGUUACUAAAUUGCGAAAUCAGCUCGUAAUAAGAUGCAGCCAAUACUUAUCAUCCAUCGGUCAAGCGCUGGUGGGCAUUUCCAGAGACUUUUUCAAUUGUGAUCCACCGGAACAUGUUGAGGGUGAAACGUAUUCCAUCUUGGAUUCAUUUUCUCGAGUUAUAAUUCACGAAUAUAUGAUGACCCCGUGGAAAGAUUGUAGUCGCAGUUGUGAGACCCUUGAUACCUCCACUUAUUACCGAUACUACACAACAGAUAAAGAUAUUUGGUUUCCACGUCAGCAAUGUCAGGGUUACAUGUCCAACUGUAUGAGUCUCGGUCAAGCAACAUUCUGUGAAUUCUAUACACCUUCGCCAAUCCGUUAUUCAUGGAUAGAGAGCAGUUCGCAGAAGAAUUUUGGAACAAAAGACCAAUGUCUCAAUGGAAAGACUGUGACUUUGAAAAUUUUAAUGAACAGAGGUUACGAAUGCUCAACAUGUUUUUGUGAAUGUUCCGGUCGUUCAAACGGAACUAAAACCAUCAGUCUGAGAACCCAAAUGGCUGAUAUUGACAAAAAUAUGAUAGUCACCGGUGUAAAAUUCGCGGAAAAGGGGUCCAUAUACCAUCUUCAAAUCGAGCAAGGAAAACUGCUACCAAGUGGUCUUAUUGAAAAAGACUCCAUUCACAUGAAGGAGCUUGAAAAUUUAAACUUUAUAAAUGUCGGUAAUGGGUCAGUUGAAAUGGAAAACCCUGACGAUCCUAAGAAGCCGAUAAAAAUGACGGAAGGUGAUGACUUUAUUUCCAUAUCAAGCAAAUACCGUAAAGUCAACCUGGACAGAAUUUAUUCCCAAGAACCAGGGUAUGUCGUAACUGGAGUGAAGUUAUCUCUAGAUCCUGACACUCAAGAGUCACUGCAUUUGGAGGUGAACAUCACGCCGUAUGAUUUCGAUUCAGGAAUGUUCACUCCGACUGACGACAAACCCUCUAAGUGGAUAACUUACAAAGACAUGUCCAAAAAAGAGCGGAAAUUCGAAGACCGAACUAAAAUUGAAGCUGCAGAAAAAAGCAUACCGACAAGCUACCAUGACAAUGUACCAUCAUCGGAAGACUUUUCUGUGGUAUCGUUUGGAGCCUCGGCUGGAUUUGAAGAUCUUGGUAGAUACACCGUUCCAUUUUUGGACAGACGAUUGAUGGCGCCGCGCGCGCGGGUCCCGCUAGAGGGCGUCUCCCUAAUGUAUCUCGCAAAAGAGGACUCCGGUGGGUUCCUCGGGUUCAGGGUAACUACUCUGGAUAUUCCAAAUUACUUGAACCUUCAAAUGUCCGAGCAAGAUCUUGAGUACUACUCAAAUACUUAUGAGAACCAAGCGCUCAACCAUCCACCAGAGGAAGUCGAGUAAAUUUCAAUGAUAUUUUGUCCAAAUCAUGAUUUCUUUAAUAGAUAUUUUAUUCCGAAGAUUGAUAAAAUAAAAAACACAAGGUUGAAUAAAAAAAAAAAA